AUGUCGAUGACAAUGUCUGAUCCAGUGAUGGAUCCAAUGACCUCAUUCUGGAGCUCAUUGUUUGUGUACAUCGAGCGCCCGAACCUAAUCAAUAAGCGCUUAAUGGGCUGCUGUGCCCUUAACUGUUGGCAAAUCAGUGACCCGUUUGAGACAAUCUGUGAUUUAAUGCAAAACUGUUCACUCGAUGAACUCAAAGGCAAACUCCCGGAAAGCAAACAAUUAAGUGACUUUCAAUUGUCAGGAAUCAGGUGUCUUGAGGGCCAGACUCUCAUCGUUAGACAUCUGCUUCCGAAGCUAAGCCUUAAGAAUUUGAACACAGAUUGCGAUACAAAUACCUCACAAGUGAUUGAUUUUGUGUUGAUUGAUAUCCCGAACGCACGGGUAGUAUUUGUACCCAAAGCCACCGACAGUCAUGUAAUACCCGAAUGUAGUCAUGAGUUGUUUCUCAACGACACCCAAGAAAUUGAAUUAAAAUAUUUGUUGGCAAAUGAGACCAAUGUUUGGUUGGAUGAGAAAGUGGUCCCAAAACUGCGUCAAUGGAUGCGUCAGGAACUGGAGGGCAAAGAGAUGAAAGGCUCCCUCAAGUUGAUUGGUGUCGACCACUACUGUCUUACAUACAAUCGUCUGAAGCGGAAAUAUGGCCAACAAUUGGUGCAAAUGUGGCGAAAGUACGAGACAACAGAUCCGCUGAAGUUUGUGUUUGAAGACAUAGCGAUCGCGUCCUAUCUUAUCGUUCUGUGGGAACAGCAAAACGAGGCCAGAGAUAAGGAUAAGACAAGAAAGCAGUCGUUUGUGGACAUUGGAUGCGGAAAUGGAUUACUAGUCUAUCUGUUAACCAAUGAGGGCUACAAAGGGCUGGGAAUCGAUUUGCGGCGAAGAAAUAUUUGGGAUAAAUAUGAGCCGAAAGUGGAUUUAGUGGAGAAAGUGUUCACUCCGUCCGACGAAUCUCUUGGGGAUCUCUUUGGUGACUACGAGUGGCUGAUUGGCAACCAUUCCGAUGAGUUGACGCCAUGGAUCCCAUACAUGGCCGCAAACUCUAGCCAUUCAACGAAUGCCUUUCUGCUUCCGUGCUGUCCAUUCGACUUCAAUGGAUCCAAAUAUCAAAGAACUGCAUCUAAUUUGAGUCAAUAUAGUUGUUACAUACAGUACUUGCAGACAGUGUGUCAACAGUUAGGCUUUGAGCCAAAAGUAGAUAAACUCCGGAUUCCGUCCACGAAAAGGAUUUGUAUUAUUUGCGAUCAAAGGAAUUAUGAUAAAAGUCUGGAAAAUGAGAUGAGAGUCAAGAGGAAGACAUUGAUUAAUGAGAAACUGAAAGAUUUCAAUGACUAUAAGCCCAGAGAUAAAGUGGAAACCGUUCGCAACUGCUCUCGACUACCAAAGGAUGUGAUUGAAGCCAUUGUCACUAUCAUUGCCAAUGAAUUACUCGAUGGCAAUGAGAAUCUAACCAUCGGUUCCAUACCGAAGCUGUUGACCACCGAUAUGUUGACUCACAUGAAGAGCCAAUGCGGAGGAAUACAGACUUUGCUCAGGAAUAAUAAACACAUUUUUGAAGUAAGCGGAGGUAUAAUUGGGUUCACUCGACCGAAACCCAUCGAUGUCACCACAAAUGGCACCACAGAUACGGAUAAACAUUUGAAAUCAAAGCGGUGUUGGUUUUUCCACAGCCAUCCCAACGGCUGUCCAUUACCUGCCACUCAAUGCCGUUAUAUUCACUGAGAAAUGACAGCAAAACUACUAAUCUUUUGGUUACCAUUUGUAGACUGCCCUAAGGCUAAGGGAAACGAGUAAUGUCUUUAUAAACACAUACCUCUCAGCCUUAAGUGACUUUCACCACAAAAAGCACUUCUCAUACCAAACCAGUGAUUCAUCCGAUGCUGUAAUCACUAGUAUU